CGGUUGUGGCAUCAGCACCACUUAUCUCAUAGGAUGAAGACAAUAACAUUGGUGGAAUGAAUUGAAUACAUUUAUUUUUUAAUGCUCUUGCUGGAUCAUUUCGAAUUCACAGCGCAUGGAGAGUGUCUGACGCAUGGAAAACCUAUCAAGACGCUGAAGAGGGUUUCGGCACUGCAUUCGGACCAACAGUUAUUUUUCCAUUAUUUGGCUGCUGCAUAUCAAGAGAUGGAGAAGAGGGAGCCACUCAUCAGAUUAAGAUCCAGCUGAACAAGAUUCCAAUGGAGGGAGAAGAGCAGUGUCAGAAAGAGAAAGCGGAGAGGCAUGAAGAUUGCAGGCCAGUCUUGCACUCAAACACCAAACAAAUGAAAAACGAUGUUCUUCCUUAAGGAGAAAUCCCGUCUCUGCCUUGUAAACUUAUCUAUCCCCGGCAAUUAAUGUCAAGUAUCACGUGGAAGCAGAGCAGUGCUGCCCUGAAGGAAACAACAUCACGGACAGGAACAGACACUUAAUAUUCAAUGCACUAUACGCGACUAAAUGCAACAAAAUGCCUUCAAAAGUCUCAUGCUUGUACGUUUUGACAGUCGUUUGUUGGGCGAGCGCUCUGUGGUACUUGAGCAUCUCACGGCCGACGUCCUCUUACGUCGGGCAGAUAUCGGUGCCCAUCCGAAAAUCUGUGAAACCCAAGAACUCCACAUUCAGCAAUAUCCGAACCCGGCCCUUGAACCCGCAUGCUUUUGACUUCGUUAUUAACGAGCCGAAGAAGUGUGAGAGCGUCUCCCCGUUCCUGGUUAUACUGAUCAGCACCACGCACAAGGAGUUCGAUGCUCGACAGGCCAUCCGGGAGACCUGGGGGGAUGAGAGCACCUUCGGUGACAUCAGCAUCCUCACCCUUUUCCUGCUGGGCAGAAACACCGACCCCGUCCUCAACCAGAUGGUGGAGCAGGAGAGCCAGAUCUUUCACGACAUCGUGGUGGAGGACUUCAUCGACUCCUACCACAACCUCACCCUCAAGACACUGAUGGGCAUGCGGUGGGUGGCCACCUUCUGCUCCAAGGCCAAGUACGUCAUGAAGACGGACAGCGACAUCUUUGUAAAUAUGGACAACCUGGUCUACAAGCUUUUGAAGCCCACCACCAAACCGAGGAGAAGGUACUUCACGGGUUACGUCAUAAACGGAGGUCCGAUCCGGGACGUGCGCAGCAAGUGGUACAUGCCUCGGGACUUGUACCCUGAGAGUAAGUACCCCCCGUUCUGUUCGGGGACGGGGUACGUGUUUUCGGCCGACGUUGCCGAGCUCAUCUACAAGACGUCUCUCCACACCAGGCUGCUCCACCUGGAGGACGUGUACGUGGGGCUCUGCCUGCGUAAACUGGGCAUCCACCCCUUCCAGAACAGUGGCUUCAACCACUGGAAGAUGGCCUACAGCCUCUGCAGGUACCGCAGGGUGGUCACCGUGCACCAGAUCUCCCCCGAGGAAAUGCACCGGGUCUGGAACGACAUGUCCAGCAAAAAGCACCUCCGAUGUUAAGAGCCUGCUUGAGGACCCUCCGCGUUUUGUACCCAACACUGAAGCUUCAUCAUUGGCCAACGUCACACACUCACACAACUCUGAAGCAUCAACGUUGACCAACAUCACGCAAUCUCACCCAACACUGAAGCAUCAUCGUUGGCCAAUAUAACACAAUCUCACCCAACACUGAAGUAUCAUCGUUGGCCAACAUCACACAAUCUCACCCAACACUGAAGUAUCAACAUUGGCCAACAUCACACAAUCUCACCCAACACUGAAGUAUCAACAUUGGCCAACAUCACACAAUCUCACCCAACACUGAAGUAUCAACAUUGGCCAACAUCCCAUAAUCCCUAUUACUUAAUUUGAUUACUGCUGUUAAGUGAUCCUAUCCUCCCUGAUAUUUAGAUUGUUCGGUAUAAGUGUAGGCAUCUCUGCAGGAGCACAUUCUCCCUGAAAUUGGAAAUAGUAUUUUAAUACUGAAAUAAUAUUUUAAUAUUGUUAAUAUUCUCUGAAAUAAAGUAGAGAACAAACAAAAUGCAAGCAGAAAUCAGUUGAAUUAAUUGAGCCAAUGUGAAAUCCAAUAGUUAUAGUAUUGGAUUGCUCUACUGUAACAUGCAAGUACAAUUCUUUUUUUUAAUGUGAGGUUUGCAGGUAUGCAAAUUGGAAGGCAAGGCAUGGAAAUUACAUAAUUAUUUUUCAUUUUAAAAACCUGUGCUAUUGACCAUGGUCUCAUGCGUCAUUUUGGUACUGUAGCAUAUGUUACAUUACCCAUGUUUAAAGCAUACUGCUCAGAAAGAAUUGCUAGCUCAGUGCUUCAGUUUAGAUCAUAACUUAGCACAAACUCGGUUUACCAGUGUAACCAAUGGGACUUUUCUGCCACUGAAUGUCAUUAAACUUCAUAAAACACAUACAGAACAGUAUCUUUGUUGGAUGUACAGUAGUAUAACUCGUUUAAGACAAUAUUGUAAAAUGAUGAGCAUCAUUGUUGCUCAGUGUUAAUGAUCAGUUGUGUAAUUAUAUCAAGAUGCUUAAUUCAUGUGAAGUGUCCUGGAAAAAUUUAAAGAAAUAUAUUUGUGGACAUUUAAAUUAAUUUCAAUCAAAUUAUCUUAAUGCGUUUUAAGUAUUUUUUUACUUUCUGGAAUUGAUGGUGAAACUGUUUUUUUUUAAUCAAAUCUAAUUUGGUUGGCAUUCUGUGUAUCUAUACUUUUUUUUGAAGAACACUUGUAUGCAUCAACAGGCAUACUUACAAUGCUGUAAAAACAACCUAAAGCAACCACUUACUUUCCUCUGUGAAUGUAUUCUUUUGUGUAUUUGUUGUAUCAAUCUUCAGUCAAUAACUGCUAAUGAAAUUAUUACAAAUUCAUAUAUUUUCCUGAAUUGGGGAAAUAUGUUACAAUUGCUGCAUUCUCUAGUUUAAUUUUAAAUGGAUAUUUUUUUUAUUCUCAAGUAUUAUGACCUGUCGCCAUAUUUUACUGUGAAAGAGAAGAUGAACAAUUAUCCUAUAGAGGAUUAUAUUAAUGUACAGUAUGUCAUUUUUACAUUAAAAAUAUACAUACUUGUCAA